AAGAUUAUAGAAAUAUCAACAAAUGUAUGAAUAAAAGAAAGUAAAAUGAAAAUUACAAAUUUUACUUUUGUUUUUGUUUUUAUCUUAAAUGUGGUUUGUUUGUUCAAGCUAAUUUUUGUAAAUAAUGUGUUUAUCUCCAAAUCCACCUGUUGAAUAGAGAUAAUGGGUAGGUGAAUUUAAAAUAAGUUAGUAACUCACUGGAAUAUGGCGAAGAAUCUUCAGCUAAACUGUAGAGCGUGUUUGAGGAAAUGUAAAAGUAGACAUGUUUCACUUUUAGAAAUUUUUCAAGUGAGCACAGAAACCGAAUCAGUUACGUAUGCUGAAGCCUAUAAAAAUUGUACACAACUGCAAGCUGAAAUUGGUGCAGAUGGAUUACCAGAGUGGCUGUGCAAUAGCUGUAGUCGCGACCUUCAAUAUGCCUAUGAAUUUUGCAUUAAAGCAAAGAAAAGUUAUGAAAAACUUCAUAUACAGGUAACAGCGCAAAGGGAAGAAAAAGCACGCCGAGUGCCAUCACCAUCCGAAUUUGAGUUACCUGAUAACAAUACUGCCUUGGGUUAUGCUCUUGCUGAUGCCGAUAUAAUCGAUUCUUGCAGUACCCAAAUUAUGAAAUGUGAUAAAGAUCCGCUGGAGGAAUCAGACAGUGACAAUGAAGUGAAAAGAAAUAUUGGUCCAACUACAAAUAAAUUGGAUUCGCCCGCCUUAUCGCAUACCUACUCAGAUUUUCUUUACGAUAGCGAAGACGAGAAACCUUUGAAAUUGCUUUUGACUGAAAAGAAUUGCAAUGAAACUGAAAUCGCGCAUUCAUUUGAAAAGGAUCGAUCUUCAUUCGAUGACGAUGACGAGUUCGUAGCCGAUGAAAAUACAACUAAAGAUGAAGUGACUGAUCCAAUGUUUUCGCCAGAAGCUCAAAUAUUUCCUAAAGGACGAUUCAAAUGUGCUAUUUGCGAACAACGGUACUUUACCGCAGCAGGUCUAAAGGCACACAUGGAAGUACAUUUAGCGAAAAGUUCCAUAACAAAAAAGAAACGGGGACGAAAUAAGCAACGCAAAUCUUCACAAAAAGUCAUCAUGAAUGAAGAAUGUGAAAACUCGAGUUUAAAUCCAACAAACGACGAGGAAAACCCGGCAACCGAAGAUGCGAAGGAAGAACAUAAAUCACACGAAAGAGCGCGAAAAUCGAAAGAACCUAAACCGAAACGUAUGUUUCCGUGUCACGUAUGCGGUAAACAUAUGAUAUCAGCUUCCAAGUUGCGCUACCACAUGGUGAUGCACACUGGUGAAAAGGAUUACCUCUGCACAAUGUGCCCAAAAGCUUACUCGACAAUUUAUGCGCUUAAGCACCACAUACGCACGCAUACCGGCGAAAGACCGUAUGAGUGUAAGUUUUGCGGCGACCGUUUUCUGCGUCCAACUACACUCAAAAGCCAUCAGCGUCGCCACACAGGCGAACGUCCAUACGGUUGUGAUAUCUGCGGUAAACGCUUCAUACAGCACUCGUCGAUGACGACGCACAUGAAGCUGAAUCAUAUGGACAAGACAAUAAAAUGUCCACACUGUGAGAAAAAAUACGCGCGUCAAACCGAUUUGAACACGCAUUUACUUAGUCACACUGGCGAUAAACCGUAUCCCUGCCAGUUGUGUCCCAGUCGCUUUGUGCGCCAAGCGAAUCUCAAUAAGCACAUGAACCAACAGCAUGCUGGAAAGCCAAAUGUAACCAAGUUGACGCAUUCAACUGAUGACACCAGAGCGCAAGGUGGUGCUUUUGAAGAGAAUUCGAAAAUUUACGGAGUUGAUGAAUUGUCAAAUAAAAACUUGCUAAUUGCAGAAGGCGGAACUGAUUUUGAAGAUAAGUGUUAUGAUUUCAACAGCGCCGAAAAUGCUGAAGAUUCGUCAAAAUUCCCACCAAUACAUGUGACAGCGGAACAAGAUUUUGUCCAACUCGACAGUGAUGACUUAGUGCCUUGGAAUUGAAUAUACAUACAAUUUUCAAUAUUGAACAUAAAGCUAGACAUUAUAUGUAAAUUAUAUUCUCAACGAUAUAAGCACAACAGUUCCUUACUAAAGUAAACAGUAUUAUUACAAUUAAA